UGCUCAGUAGUUACAAAAACAGUGUUGUAGAGCCAAUCAUCCAGCAAAUGACCUCAAAAUUCUACUAAUCACAGGACUGACAUCUCAUUAACACUUAACUGUGUCUCUCUGUUAAAGCUUGCUGGGUUAAGUCUAUUAUUGCAGGGUGCUGGCUGUGCAGCAUAGAUGGAGAUUACAGAGAUAAGACCUUAAUGCCCUCAGACACCUUCAAUGUCUAAACCCCCUCCUCCUCCUCCUCCUCAACCCCCGCUGUCCCCUCCAUCAGAGACUCCUCUCAGUUCGUCCACUCUCUCUCUGGACUCUUGAAGACAUACUGACCCACCAACCUGCUGCCAUGAAGACUGCUCUUGCCCUGCUGCUGUUAGUCUCUCUGGCCUGCCACAGCCACGCCCUCAAAUGUCACACAUGCGUGGCGUCCAAUGAUGACGACUGCAACCGACAGGGCUCCACCUCCUGUCCUCAGUACGCUGAUGCCUGCUCCACCAUCACAGGACCCAACACCGUGAUGAAGUCCUGCACGUACAAGGCUUUCUGCGACAAGGCUAAUGGCGGCAGCUCUGGAGCAAAGAUGGUGUGUUGCUUCGGUGACGACUGCAACGGGCCCCACAGGAGCCACAGCCACGGGGAUCACCACCACAACAGUGCAGGGGCUCUCUCCUCCAGCCCCCUCCUGCUCAUCACAGCCCUGUUGUUGCGUUUGGCCUCCAAUCAGCUCUAAACUCUUCCAGCUCUUCUUCUUCAAUUGUUAUGUUAUCAACCCAUCUGUCCAUCCACCCUUUUUAAAUCCAAGUUUUAAAAAAAAAAAAAAGGAUUUGAGCUGUAGAGAGUUUCAUGUGUUUUGAGAUUGUGGUGAACACAAAAAAGUGUUUCUGAUGCGGUGGUGCAUUCAAGGAGCAUGGUCUGUCCUGUAAAUACCAGCUGCAUUUCAGCAGCUUCCAUUUUUUUUUUUUAAUUAUUAUUAAAAACCUGAAUAAUAACUUCAUUAUCUACAGUGCUAUGUUAACUUUCAGAUGUAACGCUAUGAACCCGAGAACAUUUGUAGUGAAUAAAUGUGUACAAAGUGAAGUGCACCCACUCACAGCUCUGGCCUGGCUGGUGGGACUUGGGUGUGAUUUUGGUAGGUGUUUGGGUUCUUCAGUGGGUAGCUAGUGCACAGCUUGCUUGACACCAAUAGAACCACAUUAUUCACUUGUGUUGUUGCCGAGGUAACCCCAAGCUAAGUCUUUUAACAGCACAAUCAGCUCAGGAAAAAAUUAAAAAAAAACGUUUGUAAGAACAUGUUUAGUGCUUGAAUUGUUAAUUUUUUUGUGCAUGCAAGCUUGUCUGAAUAAAGAUACAA